AAGAAUGAAACUGUUGUAAAAAAAAAAUUGCUGGCUGUUAGGAGUUUCAGGCCUGUUGUCAUACAUUUAUUUCUGUCCUCAUUGUAUUUUUAAAAUUGUCACCAAAUGGCAUUCCAUUGUUGGUUACUGUAGAGUAAAACAUGUAGGAGUUAAAGCAUGACCUGAUUUGGUCUGUUUCAGUUGAUAUCUGUAACAAAAAAUGGGUAAAUACAGAGGAAGGUGAAGAUGGACUCAGGAAAUGCUCUGUCAUUGUCGAUUUGAGACAGAUUUCCUGUAAAUCACAUGAUGCCAAUAGCUGGAGUUUUGCUUUAAAUACAGGCAGCAUACUGCACUACUCUGAUUUCAGUUGUGAGUGGACAGGUGAAAGAAUACCAACACUUUAGAAGAAACCAUCUGAUUAAUUGCUUGAUACCAGACACCAGCAACAAGAUACUAAUCAUGGCACGUUAUUCCGCUCAAGGGAGAGAAGACUUGCAGACAUCAGCGGAAGAGCAAAUAAACAAAAUCAGAAAAAACAGCAGAUCAAUAGAAGGAUUCCUCACAAGAUAUAUUCUAAACACAAGGACUAUAAUUGAUGGUCAAAGAUUGAAGAGAGUGGCAUUUGGAGAAAAAGACGAGAGCAAACCUCAUAAAACCAUAUUAAUUGUUGGAGAAACAGGAGUAGGGAAGUCGACUCUCAUCAAUGCCAUGGUCAACUACAUGCUGGGUGUUGAAAGUACAGACAGAAUUUGGUGUGAGAUCAUAGAGACAAAAGGAAAUCAAACUGAUUCUCAGACAAAUGCAGUCACAGUGUAUGAUGUGUUUACUAAACACAGCCCGUUCUCUCUAACCGUCAUCGACACGCCUGGAUUUGGAAGCACUGAUGGUAUGCAGGAUGAUUUAACUGUUGCUGAAAGUUUACAUGAGUUAUUUAGAUCUAAAGAUGGAGUUCAUGAAAUUGAUGCGGUGUGUCUUACCGUGUCAUCAAACACCACUCGACUCACUGACAGACAGCUGUACAUUUUUGAUGCUGUUCUCUCUUUAUUUGGCAAUGACGUAGAGAAAAACAUUGUUGUGUUCGUCACACACGCCUCCAGCAAACCUACAAAUGCCAUUAAGGCCAUUAAAAAGGCCAGCGUUGUGUGUGCAAAGACUGAUAAAGGAGAGCCUGUGUAUUUCAGGUUUAACAACUGUCACUGUGAAAACUUUGAUGAUGAGGAAAUAUUAGAUGAUUACAAGUUAGCAUGGGAUCAGUUAAACAAAACCAUGGAGAAAUUUCUGGCUUUUAUAUAUGAAAGGCCAAGUAUAAGCCUGACGAUGACUGCAAUUGUACUGAAAAGACGCAAACAACUGACAGCAUCCAUCUCCAAUAUAAAGGAUAAAAUCACAAUGGCAGAACUCAAACAAAACGAGCUCGACCAGACAAAAGCAUUUUUGCAACAACAUGAGAAAGAAAAGAAGGAAAAAGAAAAAACCUUUGAAUAUGAGGUGGACGAGCCUUACAAAGUAAAGGUGCCAAUAGAAUAUAAGUGGUGGCACUUUCAAAGCAAAGAGGCCACUUGCUGCAGUGUGUGUGAGGAGAACUGCCAUUACCCAGGAUGCUGGUGGGUCAGAGAUCUUUCACGGUGUAGUGUCAUGUCUGAGGGUCGGUGCACAGUGUGUACUGGAAGAUGUCACUACACUGAACAUGUUAAAGAGAAGAAAAUCUAUGUGGUGAAGACAAGGAGGGUCAAGAAGACUAAGGAAGAUGUGAAAAGGAAAUACGAGACAAAGUCUGAUGAGAUAAAAAGUUUAGUAAGCAAGUUAACCCAUGAAAAAGAAGAACAUGAAAGACAAAAAAUGAGACUGGUGGAGCAGUGUUACCAGUGUGUGAUUACACUGAAUACAAUCGCUUUAAAGAGUGACUCUGUGUCUAUACUUCAGCACAUGGAUUUUUUGAUUGAGAAAGUGAAGGAAACAGGAAACACAGAUCGAGUGCAGAAACUUGAAGAAAUAAAGAAAAGAGCUGAAGCUGAAAACCAGAAACUCCUGAGUUUUAUUCAAAGAUUUUGGAGUUCUUAAAAAAGGAAAUACUGCUCUGCUUAAAGGAAAAUGCCAUCAUGAAUGAUUGCAUAUUAAUCAUAUCAUUUCUUUAUGAUUUCCUACAUUAUCCACAAUGCCAUUAGACUAUCUGCUGAUAUUGAAGUCCUUUAGUCUGUCCAGCUCUCUCACUUCCUCAUCUGUAUGCAAUGCUCAAAUCAGUUUCCAAAGCUUCAGCUUUCACGCUAAUACCACCAUCAACGCCAUCACGCUCAUCAUGUCAUAUUGCUAUCUGACCGAGCCGAGUCUACAAUAUGGAACAGACUCGCAUCCGUUUGCGCACAUCUAAAUGAAUGACUGUAUAGAGGAUGAUUUUAAAAUGCCCGAAUCUGUACACGAGCUGUGCAAAUUCAGUGAUGGACUUUGAUGGAGUUUGAUGCAGUUUGUAUGUUUUGAUAGAAUUUUUCCCCCUUACUUCGUAAUGAUUGAGAGAGAAUUAUUGUUAUGCCAUGGACAGGCCUGAAAAUGUCAUUAAGGCCGUCAGGUAAUCUGAAGGAAAAGUUGUAAAACUGGUGCUUCUGUAUUUGAGAUUUGACCCCAAGCUUUUAAUGAGAAAUAUUAAUAUGAAAAGAAAAAUGACCUAUUGCCCUAAAUCUGUCAAAGGGCACUGGAUCUGCUGAACACAAGCAGGAAGGACUUUCAGUAACGAGCAUUUUGUUCAGCAUCUGAGCUUCCGGAGCUACUAAACCUCUCGCUCUGUGAAAUGUUGUAUGUAACAGAUAAAAUAUAAAACAUAUAGAUAAAAUUCUUCAUUCUUUCAAGUCUUCAUUAUUGAUCAGUUUUUACUUUAGUUAAUGUAACAGCCUGCAAAAACCUCCUAUGGUCAGUAGGGCCUUAGGAUGAGUAAGCUUUGCUGUUUACUUUCCAAAUGAACCAUUUUAUUAAGUCUUAUAAUCAAAAGCAUUAUAUGUUGGUAUUUUACUGCUUAUUUUUUGUGUUAGAGUAUUUGGGUGCAGUUAAGUAAUGGAUAAAGUAAAGCAUAUAUUGUUUGUUGUUAUUAAUCAUAAGAAUCAAUAAACCAUAAUGUGUUUCUAGGAUUAAUCCACUUUUCCCUGAAAUGUGAGUUGGAAAAAAUCAGCCACUUCUUAAAGAAACUCCAGAACAACGUCUUGUAGAACACAUUGAAAUUUUGUCAUUGAAUUUUCACAAGUUUUGCUCUUUAUUUCUGUUAACAAUUUGUCUGUUUUUAUUCUAGUCUUCCCAAUAAAUUCUGAUUAUAUUAUAAGUUUUGUUACUCAUUAGAUAAGUGAUUAUACACGGUGUCCUAAAGGUCUCCACACACACACAGGGGACUUUGUUUGCCAGCAGCACGUCGGUUGUGUCUUCGUCAGUGGAUGUUCGUGGACGUCGCUUCUCGGUCGGUCCUCAACACUUCCAGUGUUUUUGAAUUUGUUAAUGAGUUUGGUGACAGUGUGGUGUGUGUGAUGUGCUCGCCAUGUUUCCUGUUAAAGUCCAUCGCAACCUUGUGACAGCUUCCCGAUCCAGCCAUGAGAAUGAUUUCAAUACGUUCUGCUUUUGUCAAAGGCGUUCUUAAAGGCUAUCUGAAAAAAAAUACAUAACUAAUUCUAUAAAGUAA